AUGGGGCUCAGAGCUCCAUACUGCGUACAUCCAGAGGCGGUUACCAAGUUCAAGACCAUUCUCUUGCGGAUACGGAGUACAGUCAGCCAAGUUUCGCGCCACCCCUCCCCCCUGGACCCUCGCUCUUCAUUGCGACAUGGGGAAGCCGGCUCUUGGAUUUGCAAAAGACUGGGGUCCCAGGGUCCAGGGGGGGUGGUGCAAGUGAAAGUGAGGAAGUUUACAGAAGUAAUACCUUGCGGAUGCAACCUAGUAAUAGCUCACUGCCCAAAGUGCGCGCGGGAGAAGAAGGAUUUCUGGGUUGUGAAUAUGGCGGCUUGCGAAACCUACUUAGUGGCUUGCUCGUCCUCCCUACUCUUUUCCUACUUCUCCUCCUCCUUCAGCUUGAAUUGUUCGAAACUUGUUUCUCUUUCCACAUUCUUUUCGAAAGAAACAAUCCAGACAGUCUGUUGA